GUUUGGCUCACUCCUCCCCCAUCUGUCUCUCCUCCCUCCGCUGUCUCUCGUGCGCUUCACCGCAGAUCAUUCGUGACCUUGAUCUCAGUAUCCCCCCUCCUGCGCCGCCUCCUCCAUUCCUACCCGUCUAGUCCAUCACUCAGAUCGGUUUUUGGCCAGUGGUGCAUCAUUUGUCAGCAUUGCAACCCAUCAGCAGCCGUGAAAAAGCCAUUGGGCGGCCUCAAGCGAAACAACACGCUUAUUACGCUACAUCCUCGAUUCAUCUUCCGUCUUCUGCUUUGAUUUGGUCUUGGCUGUCUUGUUAUUGAUCAAUCUAUUCAGACAUGCCUCUCUGUGUAUACUAUCAUCAUUCGUGUGUGCGAUCGAGCAACACUGGAAUGACCUCAGAUUCUCAGCACGAGGUUGAGGAUCAAUGGAAGCAAUCAGACUAUUUCCAGACCAACGACCUCAGCUUUUCAUUUCGUUCAGUGUUAGGAAUGAAUGAGACAAACCAGCUCAUUCCCCAGAUGGUGAAGAACAAGGCUUCUGCUUGAAAGAAAAUGUGCUCUCUCAGACGAUUAUCAACCUGUCAAUAAUUUUUUUCACUCAGAGAGCGGCACGAAACUUUUUUUUGUUUUCUUAUUCAACUGAAACACCUUCGAAAUGUAUUCUAAGUUGUAAACUUGGACUGUAUCAUCAUCCUCCUCCUAUUCAUAAGUUGUGACACAUUAUUAUUUCUGAAAUGCACAUAGAGAAAUAAAAAUGUAAUUC